UGGCCAAUCGCAGCUCUCUCCGGGGAGCACUUCCGGUGAUAGUAUUUCCUGUCAGUGUUUGUAAACUGAGAAAAAACUGGAACCACGACAAGACAUAAUAAUCCACAAAACCUUACAAAUCGGAAGGCUUUGGCCCCUGAUGGUUUGGGGGGGAUUGUUGUCUCUCCUGUCACCCCCUCAUCCUGACUGAAGCCCAUCCCCCCCUGUCCCCUCAAACACACACGCAUUCAAACCACGGCGAUGACCCACCAUUCCAACAAUUCAGUUCGAGACCAUAUGAAAUGGCUUCCAAGCCUCCAUGAGGAGUCCUCCAACCUCACCACCCCCAUUGGAACGCUCUGAUGUGUUGCUGUUUGUGUUGCCAGGCUGGGUUGCUGGGCUGUGAGGCGGUGUUGUCCAGCAUGGCCCUGAUGCAAGCCAACAACAUCCCAAGCCAGAAGAAGAUGAUGUCUUCUUCGGGUCAUGGCCACAGGUCCAGUGCUGAGGACCACCAGACACAUUCGCAGCACAGCCUCAACCAUCAUGGGCACCAGGUUCACCAUGGACAAGGCCAUCACAGUCACAUGGGCCAUUCUUCAGAUGGGAGCCUUCCACCACUGCUAAUCCGGAAAGAUGGGGAAUAUCACACGUCAAGGAUUAUCGAUGGGAAGGACGUCCAGACAAAUCAGAAUUUGCAGCCCAAGAAGAAACACAAAAAGUCGUCCCAUAAGGUAAAAGAGAAAGUGGAGAUGUUGAUUCCACACAUGGAUAUGGAUGACGACAGUUCCUUAAGAGUUCAGAAGAACUUCAUCUGCGAUCAUUGCUAUGGGGCUUUCCGGAGCAGCUACCACCUCAAGCGACAUAUUCUUACACAUACAGGGGAAAAGCCAUAUGCUUGUGAUGCAUGUGAUAUGCGGUUCAUUCAGCGGUACCACCUGGACAGACACAAGAGGGUGCACAGUGGAGAGAAGCCGUACCAGUGUGAUCGAUGCCACCAGAACUUUUCACGGACUGACAGGCUGCUAAGACACCGGCGCCUGUGUACAGCUGGCAUGAGCAAAGAGGAAAACCAGUACUCCCAGGAAGCAUCUGCCCAUACAGCUUCCUGGAGUCCCCUCCAUCCCUCCAACAACCGUCUGACUGUUUGACCCUCAGCUUCCUAACACCUGCCUGCAGCUUCACGACAUCACUCCCUGGAGUUGUACUCUGAAAGUAACCUUAGCUAAAGACAGUCAAACUAUAGUUUGCUCUCAACACCUCAUCGUAGUUGAGUUCUCAUACAUGAGCAAAAGCAAAUGGACUGAUUUUAGCAUGAGGUUAUGGUAAAGUGAAAAAGACACCGCUAGGUACUCUCAAUUUCUGAGUCUCUACUUUUUAAAUCUCCUUCCGACUUGCAGCUCAUCCCACUGCACAGGAACAUGUUACUGAGAAAGGCGCACAAAACCACACCGCAUUUAAGUAUAUUUUAGUGCAAAAUCUUUAGCUAUCCAUCACAAAUGCACUACAGUUAAAAUAAAGCUCACAGCAGAUUUCUGAGGUGUUCAUCAGAACAAAUUAUUUAAAUCAACUCAUUUAGCUAAAAGAGGGAAAUCCAAGGCAGUUUAUUUUAAUGCACACUGAAAAUGUAUUUUUUUCACUCAAUUAAAAAAACUAACAUAGAGCUGCACCACUAAUUAAAAGCAUACCUUGUUGUAGUGUCGGUGUGUGCAAUAUUAUUACUGCAUAUGAUUGGAAUUCAACAUACAUUCUUCCAAAGUUUUAUAAAUUUGUGCUUUGUGUCCCAAUGUAAUUUUCACCCUUGUGGACAGAGUCUCACUGCAUUUGGUUUCCAAGCCUGACUGAAGGCACCUUUCGACUCUGGGUUCAUGAACAUUUAUUUAAUUUUUUUUCGCUUGAACAGAAACACUUUGAAACUUUCCACCUACCUAAGCCCUCUGUGGUGUAUAUUUUCUCUGGAGAGUCUAAAACCAGCCCAUGUCUCCCCUGAUGUUGUUUGGCUCCUCCAAAACCACAGAACGACAAAUGCAUUAAUUGCAACUGAUAUUGCCACCAAUAAUAUGUUUGCUACUGCUCUAAACCAGCUUCUUAGUUUUCUAAUCCUCCAUCUGGAACACAGCUGCACAAUCACGGCUGUGUAAAAAUAAGUCACCUGAAAAACACUAACAUCUAAUUGAUCUUUUUAUUAGUCGAGUUGGCGCGCCUAUUGCCAAACGUUAAAAACAGACUUUGUUUUACAGUGGUUUUUGUCGCACCGUUGUAGCAAUUAGGCGACUCACAAGUUUUAAUGGGAACCAGAUGUUUUGGCACCUCUGGUUAGCAGCAAUCAUGAGUAACUGGAUGGAAAAUGUUAGAAUUUUUUUUGCAAAGUCUUUUUAGUUUCUCCAAAGUGCUUCCAUAAAAUAAAUGUAAAUCCAUUGUGUUUACUGUCUCUGUUAGAAGACACUGCUGUCUUCUUGUUCCUGUUUGUUAACCAGAGGCUCCUGUGAUUUAAACAGACAUUUACCCUUAAUAAAGGUACUUAGCUUAGCCAGAUGGACAUUUUUAGUGUUCAGAAUAGAAUCAAACAGGUGCUGGUCAUAUGGAUUAUUUAAGUAUAGAUUAUUUUCUCAGUUAGUUCCUGCUUAUGAUCUUAGUGCAGAUCAAAUUAAGGCAUGAAUUCAUCCAUAGAUUUUAAAUUAUGACCUCUGCCUGACUGAAUUGUUACUUGAUUACAGUGUUGUUUCUUUUUAUGGUCCCCUUAACCUGAAGCAUCUUCAGUGAAGAUGGAUCAUUUUUGGCAAAUAACUCCUUCAGGCUGGACUGUAAUCACUGGACCGAAGACAUUGUUUCAGUUUUAGGGCAACAUCUGAGUUUUAACAGUUAUUUAGGCGAAAUGUUGUAAUAGUCAGGUAACUCUGUUGACAUUAGCAGUGUAGAUUUGAGUUUAGGGCCAAUCACUGACCUUUUACAGCUUAUGAAGGUAAUAUAUAUACAUAUAUAUAUAUUUAAAUUGUCUGAGAUGUAGAGAAUAGUGUUUCUUGGGCCUAAACUCAAAAAGUGAAUCAGUUUUUACAAAGGUAUAAUCUGUAGUCCCAUUAUUUCCUAAAAGUAAAACCAACCAUCUGUAAAAUUUCAGUUAAUCAACAAUUAGAGCAUUCUUUGUUUUAUAAUUUGCAUGUAUUUGUGAAAUAAGCUUGUAUGGAUUUUAUUUUUGGUAAGGUUUUUUUUUUUUUUCCUGAGUAAAGGCUUUCAGCAUUUGCUUUUAGAAAGAAUUAAGUUCAGUUUCAGCUCACAGUAAAGGUUUUUGCUUUGUUGUUAUUGUCUUUUUUUUUAGCAGUAAACGCUGAUCAUGUACUCUGCAACAAAGAUAUUUGCAGAUGUUAACUCUAUGUCAAUAAAGAUUUCUUAUUUUACUGUAAA